GAUAUUAAACGCGCACCAGCUCGUAGAAAAAAAGAAAAAAAAACAAUGACUCUCGCAGACAAAUAGAUCAAAUUGUGUCACUCGACGGGCGAAAGAAAAACGAGGAACAACAGGCUGCUCAGAGAGAGAGAGAGAGAGAGAAAAAAUAAAUAAAAACAAGGACAGCAUGGCACAAAAGGAAAAACUCCAAUGCCUGAAGGACUUCCACAAGGACACCCUGAAACCUUCACCAGGGAAGAGCCCGGGCACGAGGCCCGAGGAUGAAGCCGAAGGCAAGGCCCCUCAGAGAGAGAAGUGGGCUAGUAAGCUCGACUUCGUCCUGUCCGUGGCCGGUGGCUUUGUCGGAUUAGGAAACGUCUGGCGGUUCCCAUAUCUUUGUUAUAAAAAUGGUGGAGGUGCGUUUCUCAUCCCUUACACCAUCUUCCUGUUCGGGGGAGGCCUGCCCGUGUUCUUCCUGGAGGUUGCGCUGGGCCAGUACACCUCUGAAGGAGGGAUCACCUGCUGGGCCAAGCUCUGCCCCAUCUUCACUGGUAUCGGCUACGCCUCUAUUGUGAUCGUAUCUCUACUGAACAUCUACUACAUCGUGAUCUUGGCCUGGGGACUCUACUACCUGUUUCAGUGCUUUCAGCCGGAGCUCCCGUGGGCAAAAUGCAAGCAGCCCUGGAACACAGAAAACUGUGUGGAGGACACAGUCCGCAAGAACAAGACCCUGUGGCUGGCAGCCAACAUUACCAACUUCACCUCCCCUGUCACUGAGUUCUGGGAACGCAAUGUUCUGAGCAUCUCCACUGGGAUCGAGGACAUCGGCCCCCUGAAGUGGGACCUGGCCCUGUGUCUCCUGGCAGUGUGGGUUAUCUGCUUCUUCUGCAUCUGGAAGGGAGUCAAGUCCACUGGGAAAGUGGUGUACAUAACAGCAACGUUCCCGUUUGUGAUGCUGAUUGUGCUGCUGGUGCGAGGAGUGACCCUGCCCGGGGCAUCCGAAGGGAUCAAAUUUUACCUUUACCCCAAUCUGACCCGCCUGCAAGAUCCAGAGGUGUGGAUUGAUGCAGGAACCCAGAUUUUCUUCUCCUACGCCAUCUGCCUGGGCGCCAUGACGUCACUGGGGAGCUACAACAAAUACAAAUACAACUGCUACAGGGACUGUUUGCUGCUGGGAGGCCUCAACAGCGGUACCAGUUUUGUGUCUGGCUUCGCAAUAUUUUCCGUCCUGGGCUUCAUGGCACAAGAACAAGGGGUGGACAUUGCCGAUGUGGCAGAGUCAGGUCCCGGCUUGGCCUUCAUCGCCUACCCCAAAGCUGUGUCCAUGAUGCCUAUGCCAACCCUCUGGGCCAUCCUCUUCUUUAUCAUGCUGCUGCUUCUGGGCCUCGACAGCCAGUUUGUUGAAGUGGAAGGACAGAUCACCUCCAUUGUGGAUCUAUAUCCUGACCUCCUCAGGAAGGGUUACCGGCGAGAGAUCUUCAUAGCCAUAAUGUGUUUCAUGAGCUAUCUUCUGGGACUCGCCAUGGUAACGAAAGGUGGCAUGUAUGUGUUUCAACUCUUUGACUACUAUGCAGCCAGUGGUGUGUGCCUUUUGUGGGUUGCAUUCUUUGAAUGUAUUGCUGUAGCCUGGGUUUAUGGAGUUGAUAAUUUCUACGACGGAGUGGAGGAUAUGAUUGGCUACAGACCAAACUCCUGGAUGAAAUGGAGCUGGACCAUAAUCACUCCUGUCCUGUGCAUGGGCUGCUUUGUCUUCUCCCUGGUGAAGUACAAGCCCUUGACCUAUAACAAGGUAUACGAGUACCCUGACUGGGCAAUCGGUCUGGGCUGGUGUUUGGCCCUGUCCUCCAUGAUCUGCAUCCCCAUGGUGAUGGUCAUCAAGAUCUUACAGUCUGAGGGACCCCUGAUCGAGAGGAUCAAAGCUGUGGCAGCCCCGGCGAAGUCAGGCGUGAGCUCUCGCCCGAAAGAGUACAGCUUAAAGGGCAGUGAGCUGACGCAGCCCCUGGACCCAAACGGGAACAAUGGCUUGAUGAAGCCCACCCACACCAUUGUAGAAACAAUGAUGUGAGCGCUCUCUGUGAGAGGAAUAAGACUGAUGUGCUUUCUGUGUUAUUAUCAUAUUUGCUAACAUUGAUAAUAGUAGGUUUACAUUGUCCAGUAUAUUCACGUUAGAGAUACUCUGGUUUGAUUUCUAUGAAGAGAGUUAUAUAUUAUUGUUGUAAUUUUUUUUUUUUUUCUCUUGUAAUUUUUAUUUUUAUUUUUUACUAUAUCAAUAUUGUUGAUGUUACAAUUGUUGUCGCUGUAGUUGGCACUGAUCUCAGUUUAGGCAGUAUUUGAGAUAGAACAUGUUCAAUGUUUACUACCUUUCUGUUGAUUCCGGAGAGACGAGGAAUUGUUUUUUUUUGGUGUAUUAGAAGAAAAAGAUUAAAUUCUCACUUCACGUAAAUUCACGUCAAACUAAUCGAGCAAUUAGGGAAGCAAAAUAGAAAACGUCUAAACACCCUCACUGUGACUGUGACAGCCUCGUUGCCCCGAGCUAACAUCUAAUCUCUCGCCGUCGUUCUUCUUCAUCCCUGCAGUGAAAAUGAAUGUACCACAAGCCACCCGCACCUAUCAGAGUACAUAUCCGCAACACGUUGAGUGGCAGUAUGCAGUGUAUAGAGAUUAUGUCGCUUGACGUCCUUUUAAGUUACAAGUUGAACAAGGCCUUGGCCAAAUACUGUGAGAAAUGCAUUCAUGAGAAGAUCCAUCCUGAAACAAAACAAAUCAAGACAGAAUAAUAAAAAGAGGAGGAGGAAGUGAGGAGAAAAGGGAAGUGGCAUUUUUAGAGUAUUUGUACACUGCCUGUGUGACUACUACAGUCAGUCCCAGUGCAUUUAUGGAAACCUCUCUUUGCACUUUAUAUGUCGUUUCACUUUUAUUGUAGUAUUUUUUUGUUUUUAUUGUUGGGAGGUGCUGCAGUUACAUUUGCAACACAUUUCAGGAGGAAAUAUUUUUAGCGACUAACUUUUUUGAUAUUGUAAACUUUGAUAUACAGUAUCUAGUUGUCUCCUUGCUAAGACAAUGACACAAAAAUAGACUAGAAAAUCUGACAGCAAACAUUCUGAUUCAUGAUUAUUCAUAGAACGUCAGUUAAAACAAGUAAAAGCAUAACAUUUUUCUAAAACAAAAUUAACAGCCCUCUCCAUCAUGAGCAUUUUGUGUGCAGACGCGCUCUGCUACCACUGGAUUCUAGUUUCUAAUGUUCAGUUUAGGCAUUUGUAUUGUAGAAUUUGAAUUGUUUGUAAAUCACAUAUGCCUUUUUGUAACAAUUUUAUACUGUACAUCAUAUGAACACCAACACUGAUUUGAUUAAUUUCACUGAGAACUCAGCAAACCUGUUUUCAUUAAGUAUCGGUUACAUCGUGAGCCUUGGAUGAAAUUUUUCAGUGUGCAAUAUUCAUUGAAGCAAUGGCAUUCUCUGCUCCAGUAAAAAAUUCAAAAUAAAUGUAAUGUCCAAUGAUGGAACAACUGGCACAGCUGAAUACAGAAUCUGAAGGAACUGUUGUCCUGAAAGCAUGUGCAGAAGCCACCGCAGUACGCGCUGCUUUGUCUGUAAAGGUCUUGUGCUACUUGGAGAUUCAAGUGUACCAAAGUAUUUCUGUCUCACAGUUGUCCCCUACGAGAUGCACAUUGCAUCAUUUCUAUAUAGAUUACAAAUAAACAUCUUUUUCUUUGGA